CGAACAGAUCCAUCAGCUGCACCCAGUGUCUCUGCUCCACCUCAGCAUGUGGGGUUUAAGGUCCACCUGAACCGAUGGUGGGAAACCUCUCAGAGUGGGACUGUUGAGGAUGAGGAGUGGGAGAAGCGGAGGAGCAGAGCUUCACUCGUAUGUUUAAAGAAAGUUCAUCAUCCUUAAACUGAACAGAAUCACUGAUGAUGAGAUCUCCAGUAGGUGUUUGAAAAAGGGGGGCUGUGCGGUGGGCGGAGCCAAGAGGAGGAGGAUCGCGUGUGGGCGUGGCCUACCGACAGAGAGAGGCGGUCCUACUUCCAGUUUACCCAGAUGGAUGUUGGUCACUGUGAGACACUUGAAGGCAGGACACUGAGUGGAUCAGACGCUCACACACACACAUACACACGCACUGAACACACGGGAGUAUCGGAGCUCGGAGCGGGACGGACCGAGGAGGGAGAACUGCACCUGUCCCACACACACACACCAACACACACACUUACAGAGGAUCCGACCCGUCGUCCCUAUGUGUGGAUGGGACCAAAGUUACACGGCGACCUCUCAUAGCUCGGCCAUGUUGACCAGUGAGGGGGCGCAUACCAUGGAGCAGGACGACACACAUCACGGAGCCAAGAUGGCCUCCACUGCCACCAACAGCACCGACUCAAACAGAGCAGAGACGACGGCAGACACGGACGUGGACAUGGAGACAGAGACGGAGAUGGAGGAGGCAGACAUGAGCCGGUGGACGGAGGCAGAGUUCGAGGAGAAGUGCACGUACAUCGUCAAAGACACGGCGUGGGAGGCGGGGCCAGACAGUGACGCUGUGACGACAACCAGAGCUGAGGCGUCGCUGCCUCGGAACCUGGCGUUCAAACACCCAGCUGACAGCAAGGAGGUGGUCGGCGUGUGCAGCAGGGAGUACAUCCCCAAAGGAACUCGCUUUGGUCCCCUGGUGGGCGAGAUCUACACGGCUGACAGCGUUCGCAGAGACGCCAACCGCAAGUACUUCUGGAGGAUCUACGAGGGCCAAGAGUUCCACCACUUCGUCGACGGCCUGGAUGAGACUCGCUCUAACUGGAUGCGCUACGUGAACCCGGCGCACUCGGUGGCAGAGCAGAACUUGGCAGCAUGUCAGAACGGCAUGGAGAUCUACUUCUACACGGUGAAGCCCGUCCCAGCCGGUGCUGAGCUGCUCGUCUGGUACUGCCACGACUUCGCCCGUCGUCUCCACUACCCGCCGUCCGGAGAGCUGAUGAUGCAGAAACUCAAGCAGUCUCUCUUGGAGGUGAAACAGCAGCAGGUGAGCAGUGAGGAGCGUUUGGUUGAAGCCUCCAGCCCGUCCCCCGUCGCAGUGACCCCCACGCCGCCCAAGAGGGAACACAGCGUCCUCUCCAUCCUGCGUGGCACCAACAGCACCUCCUCCUCCUCCUCAACGAAGAGGGAGCCCAGCCGGCCGCUUCCCACCCGGCCGCGCUGUGCCGACAGUCCUGAGCGCCCUCUGUACCCUCGCGCCCUCUACCCGACGCUCAGACCCCACCCUCACAUCCCUGAAGACUUCCUUGGCCACAAACCCGGCCAGCUUGUUUACCCCACAACUUGUUCCCCUGGCAACCAGUCUUCAGCCACACCCAGCCCGUCAGCGAGGAGCAGCCCUGACAGCAGCCCUCAGGGGAGCCCACUGGGUCCAGCAUCUUUUUACCCCACUGGACUGGGUUCUUACCCCGGUUACUCCCCGCCAUCUACUCCCAUCUCCUCAUCCUUCUACCCUCCAGGAGCUCCUUACUCACGCUACCUCCUUCCCCAUCCCUACUCUCUGCCUAGCGGUGGUGUCCCAACUGUAGGAGGAAUCUUUCCCAGGAUGUACCCCGUCUACAGCAGCCUGCUCCCCCCUCACGUGCCCCUCCUGCCCUCCGACACAGCAGGGAGGCGCUUCCUGAUGCCAGACCACAUCCAACCCUCCUCCGUCUCUGCCCACAGAGACUUCCUCCUCCCCAGGCCCACCAGUGCCUUCUCAGCUGCCACGUCUCUGAAGGACAAAGCAGGGCCUCACCACCCUUACCCCGCGCACCCUCACCCACACAGACCCACCCACGCCCCCUCCAGCGGCUCCCCAACAGCAGGCACAGCACCUCCCAACGAGAGGGUGCCCACCAAGCCUACCUCAGCCCUGCUGGGCAAUGCCGGCGAGCAUUGCACAGAUGAGGAGGCAAUCAACCUGACCAAGGCGAAGCGUGGCCCGGGCUCAGCAGGCUACAAGGCGCUGCCGUACCCGCUGAAGAAGCAGAACGGCAAAAUCAAGUAUGAGUGCAACGUGUGCAGCAAGACCUUCGGACAGCUGUCGAACCUGAAGGUUCAUCUUCGUGUCCACAGUGGAGAGAGACCCUUUAAAUGUCAGACCUGUAACAAAGGUUUCACUCAGCUGGCUCACCUGCAGAAACACUUCCUGGUCCACACUGGGGAGAAGCCACAUGAGUGCCAGGUUUGUCACAAGCGCUUCAGCAGCACCAGCAACCUGAAAACUCACCUGCGCCUCCACUCAGGGGAAAAGCCCUACCACUGCAAACUCUGCCCAGCAAAGUUCACCCAGUUUGUCCACCUCAAGCUGCACAAGCGGCUGCACUCCCGCGAGCGUCCGCACAAAUGCCCCCACUGCCACCGCCACUACAUCCACCUGUGCAGCCUGCGGCUUCACCUCAAGGGCUACUGCCCUGCUGUCUCCACUCACUCUUCCUUGGAAGACGUGCACCGCGCCAACGAGGAGAUUGAGCGCUUUGACGUCAGCGAGCACGCCGAGCGGCUGGAGCAGCUGCAGGGAGGGGUGGAGGUGGAGGCUAUGCUGGAGAAGCAGGUCUUGGGGAUGCUGUGGAGGGAGAACGACCUGAAGUCCCCCCAUUACCAUCCCCACCACAAGGGCGGCGCCACCGACCUUAUCUCUGCAGGUUACGGCACAUAUGAGUCCCCGAAUGAGACAUCAGUCAUCAAGAUGCGGCACAGCAGCCCCAUCCCGCCACUUCCUGCCAACGUCACCGUCAAGCAGGAGUCAGAGGAUCACGCGUGACUGACCUUUAAACCCAAAGGACUUGGAGUCAGGACUGCACGACUCAGCAGACAGCUGUAAAUAAAUAAAUCUCUACCUGGUUGUCGUCAGGAGUGAUAUCAUGAUUACUCCAGGUUUAUCAGGGACUCGCGAACUCAGGGCUCAAGAGACACUGUCCCAUGACUACUUAGCAGUUUCAGCGUUUAUUAUACUUACAGACAAUCAUGUACCCAGGAUUUACCUUUAAUGUAAUUAAUAUAAUGCUAUUAUCAUUAUUGUUGUUGUAUUAUUUGGUCUCGAUUUUCAAAUGUCUUUGUUUUUUUUUUUGAUCAAUUAGUUGUUAUAUAACCUCCUUAAUUUAUUAUACUUUUUAUUUGUUGUCUUUAAAAGCAAUAAGUGGAAGGGAUGGUUACACUGACGGGAUGAAAUCAACGUUAAAGACUUAUUUUGUUUUCUCUGUGGCCAUUUCUCUGUAGAUAGUCACUCAGUCUAUGCCUAUAUCCGUCCGUCUGUCUGUCCGUCCUCUGACCUCUGACCUAUAGAAUCAGGGGUUUCCACUCUUCAGGGUUUUAUCUAUUUAAAUUUAGGAACCAACAUAGCAGGUUAAAAAAGGGUUUGAAUAACUUGCCAAAGUGCGGCACAUAAAUUUGUUAACUUAGUGAGAAGAGCUUUAUUUCAACCCUGCUCGAUAGCUUCCCGAAAGUAUGUCUGUGUCCUUUUUCUGAUGCCUACUUAAUUUAAUUUGAAACUAAAAAGGGCAUUUUUUGUAUAUUUUUCACAACGGUUACCUCAGUGUGCAUGUGACGAUACGACUGUGUGUGUGUUUGUGCGAGUGUGUGUGUGUGUGUUUAAAGGGACAGCUAAAGGUGGGAGCUUUCUAUUUAUUUUUGCUACUUGAAGAAGAAGAAGAAGAAACCAAACUGAACUGGAGUGCAGCUCUUCGUGUGGUCCAAAGGAGCGGCACCGCCCGCUAACAUGUAGCACAUAAUGGACUCGGGAGGCCGGCCAGCCGCCCCCCCCCUCGUCCCUCCUUUUGUUUUAUUUUUCUACAACACUGUCAGCACCCGACAGGGAAGUGAACCUCCUCGGACUGAGGAGGUUUCACACUUGACGCUAGAAACCAAAGUUCACUUGGCUUUAAUUUCAAAUGCACACCAAAAACCAGGAGAAAGAAAAAUGAAAACAAGGGAAGAAGGACUCGAGGAAUCAAAUUGCUGAAGAAGGGAAGACGUACUGUGUGUAUAUGAUGAAGUGUUCAAUCUUUCGCUGUGGUCUCACGUUUUGUAGAUGUUUUGUUGUUGUUGUUUGUUAAUAUUUCGGUUGAGAAGCAAUGGCCCCUUCUUCAACCCCACCCGUCCGCCACCUUGUUGAACUGGCAUACACGAAAGCACCUCGGCCUUCUUUUAUGCACUGGCCCCCCCCUCCUCCUACUUUAUAACUUCAGUGCCGAUGCUUGCACCAUUUACACUGUGUACAAUAUCACUGAAACUGGUCAGAACGGCAUUAAGACUCAGCUUAAUGUCACUAAAGCAACUGUGACUUUCUGCAGCAGUUGUACAUCAACAAUCUGAACUGUGCAUCUGUCUCUCCUCUGUUUCAUCAUCUUUGUCUCUAACUAAUGUUCGACCAAAGUGUCUCUUUCUCUGAUCAGAGCUUUAACUCCAGAGGAGAAUCCCCAAAAGGACUGUCUCUGUUUACAUUCUGGUUUACAUACUUAUUUAUGUGCAAAAUGUCAAAAAGUGUAAAUUAUGAUAUAAAUGUUCA